AUGGUCAAGAACACCGAAACCGUCAUCGAGGAGUUUAAUGAACUCGUCAAUAUGUCAGCCAAAGAUUUGAAGGAUUGGCUGGGUAAAGAAGAAUCGGCCGGGUCUGGUUGGAGCAAGGACGAUGGUUCCGGUGAAACGAUUGGGCACGAGAGUGGGCGGAAGAUCAUCAAAAUCCUCGAGAAGAAUCCAAAUAAGGAUCCGGAACAAUAUGAUGAAGAGGAUAUCGACCACAUGAGAAGGGUGGUUGCAUAUUGCAAACGCCAUCUUGCCCAGGAGGAGAAGGCAAAGCAGGAUACCGAUAGCAAAAGUUACAAGAGCUUGAAGAACUGGGGUCACGAUGCCCAGAAGACUUAG